CUUUUUUCCUCCGAUUCUUAUUUAUCUACCUAUACCCUUGCACUGUUUCUCAAAGUGAAGUUUGGCUGGUCCAUAUCUUUUCGUUGGACGACUAUUAUAUCCCGCAUUGAAUUUACCCUGACUACAUAACGACCAACCAACCAUAGUUACAAUAUACUACACUAAAUCUGCCUCCCGCCUCCCGCCCUGACCCCGAGUCACACUACCUUUGCGCAACUACGACCUUGACGACUGCUUCAAUCAAACAAGAACCUUUACCAGGGUCCUCAUUACACGCUUUUCCUCCCCACUCUCUUUUAUCACAGAAACAAAUCUCUUCAAGCUAUUUACUGGUUGACCAGACGCUCUGAAAUUCACAGCGACCUUAGAACAGUGUUCGUUGCGACAGCCGAGGCCACGCAAGCCUGUGAACACUCAGGUGCUAGGGCACGUCCACUAUCUUCGCAUCGACAACAGAGAUGGAAAACGCUCGGCAAGAAGAUGAUAUGAUCGUCCCCUCGCAGUCUUCGGUGCAGUCUAUCUUCGGUGGACCAGCUGAAGCCGUCGACUACAGUAACGAUGCCGAUUCCGACACUCAUCAGCACGAGCCCCACAGCCCUCCCGACCUAAAAGCAACUUCUGCGACCCUCGGCGAUCAAAGCGUGGCACCUUUUCUCGCUCGACACGUUCCCGAACAGUACGGCGCUCUUGGACCCCAGAACAAGGGCCUGAUGGAGCUGAGCGGCGCGGAUUCACGCUAUUGUUAUCGCCAUAGGCCUGACCGUAAAUGCAGGCGACAAGCAGACGAGCCGACCAUGGACAAAUUACAGCGAGAAUUGGAAACACUGCCGCAGAGCGAUCAGCAGGGUAUCGCACAUGUUUGGUCCCUCUUCUCCGCCGCGCCAGCAAAACACCGAAAAUUGCUCCUUCAGGGUAUCAUGGCUCAAUGCUGCUUUCCGCAACUCUCCUUCAUUUCCGCGACCGUUCGAGAUCUCAUCCGCAUCGACUUCAUCGCGGCACUUCCCCCGGAGAUCUCUUUCAAAAUUCUGUGUUACCUGGACACAACUUCACUGUGCAAGGCCGCGCAAGUAUCACGGCGAUGGAGAGCUCUCGCAGAUGAUGACGUGGUAUGGCACCGGAUGUGCGAACAGCAUAUUCACCGCAAAUGCAAGAAGUGCGGCUGGGGACUUCCUCUACUAGAUCGAAAGCGUUUGCGGGAAUCGAAGCGUGAAAUCGAACUGCGCGCCACAAACUGGGACAUCAGCGGACCGGCAGCGGGUGCUGCUACCACCUGCAACGCGGAGACUGAUGCGGCAGCGGUUGUUCCAGCGAACCCAGCGAAUCCAGCCAAGCGAAAGCCUGAUUCGAGCGAGGAACAGUCCACUCUCGUCAAACGCCAUUGCUCGUCGCUUGCUCCGGCCCCGGGCCUUGGGAAUGACGACGCCUACUUCAAGACACGAUACAGACCUUGGAAGGAAGUCUACAAGGAUCGUUUCAAAGUGGGAACGAAUUGGAAAUAUGGACGCUGCUCCGUCAAAGUUUUCAAGGGCCACACGAAUGGUGUGAUGUGUCUCCAAUUCGAGGACAACAUUCUUGCCACGGGGUCUUAUGAUGCUACGAUCAAGAUUUGGGAUACCGAGACUGGCCAAGAGCUGCGCACGCUUCGUGGACACGAAUCUGGCAUUCGUUGUUUGCAGUUUGAUGACACCAAAUUGAUCAGUGGUAGCAUGGACCGCACCGUCAAAGUGUGGAACUGGCGCACUGGCGAAUGCAUUUCCACCUAUACCGGCCAUCGCGGUGGUAUCAUUGGCCUACACUUUGAUGCCACUAUUCUCGCUUCUGCAUCUGUUGAUAAGACUGUCAAGAUUUGGAACUUUGAGGAUAAGUCAACCUGCCUUCUACGGGGACACGCAGACUGGGUCAACGCAGUGCGGGUGGAUUCCAUGUCUCGUACAGUGUUCUCAGCCUCGGACGAUUGCACCGUCCGACUCUGGGACCUGGAUAGCAAGACCUGCAUUAGGACAUUCCACGGGCAUGUGGGUCAAGUCCAGCAGGUGAUCCCGCUUCCUCGGGAGUUUGAAUUCGAGGAGCAUGAUGCGGAGUGUGAAAACGACAAUGUCAGCACCAUCUCUGGGGACAUCGAGCCGGCCUCUCUUCAGGCUACACUGGGGUUAGAGUCCAAUUCUGUCAUGUCGCAGAGCUCGCCUUUUGGACCCGCUUUCGCAGACGGCCGUCCAGCACCACCGCGCUACAUCGUCACCAGUGCUCUGGACUCGACGAUCCGUCUGUGGGAGACGAGCACCGGUCGCUGCCUGCGCACGUUCUUCGGCCACUUGGAGGGUGUCUGGGCUCUUGCCGCCGACACCCUUCGCAUUGUCUCGGGAGCCGAAGACCGCAUGGUCAAGAUCUGGGAUCCCAGAACGGGCAAAUGCGAACGCACAUUCACUGGUCACUCCGGCCCCGUCACUUGCAUGGGACUCGGUGACAGUCGCUUCGCCACCGGCAGCGAGGACUGCGAGGUCCGAAUGUACAGCUUCCAGAGCUGAUGCCUUCUCUUUUUUAAUUCUUCCUACAAAUCUCCUUCCGCUAAAAGCUACGAGUGGCUUGGUUUAAUGUUUGUUGUCAUUGAAACUUUAUGAAAAUACCCAUCAUGUUUUCUAUUUUCAGGCGUGGCUGGAGGGUUCGGAUGGCUGGAGGAAGCCUGGCGUUGGUGUUGUGUUGUUCUGCUGGUCUUCUUAGGUUAUGACCUAUUUCCAAUUCAUCUGGUAAUGCGGUUUAUCAUGGUUUAG